CACGGUGCUUGGACACCAUUUUUCGUGGAGUUUGCAGCUGUUAUCGACGGGCAGAGAGGGGGGGUGGGGCGAGCAGGACGCUUUGUGCAUGGGCUUGCGAGCUCCGGGCUGGGCGAUCUGACAGCCCCUCUGCCAGCUCCAAGGCCAGUGCGGCGCAGAGGUUCGGGCUGCGGCUCAAGAAGCAGCGACGGACGGUCUGGGGUGUUCGCACGCACGGCGGGCCUCUUGCACCGUCCCCGCGGCCGUUUCUCGUUAACCCCGGACCCGGUUUCUCUGCUUGACGCCGGCAUGCAGGCGAACGGCGCAGACGACGCAGGACGCGAUGCGGGGACGCCGAGCGGUGAGCCGCUGCGCUCCAACGGGCUGCUCUCCGGCGCUGCCGCUGACGGAGACGGGCUAUCCCCCGGGACGGGCACCGGAGGUUCGGCCACCCCCGCCCCCCCAGGAUCGGGGUCGAUAAAGAAGAAGAAGCGUCUCACUCAGUGGGAUGAAGACCUCGUCCGACUGAUCGGGCAGCAUCUGCACGGCUUAGGUCUGAACCAGACGGUGGAUCUCUUAAUGCAGGAGUCCGGCUGUAGACUGGAGCACCCUGCCGCUACCAAGUUCCGCAACCAUGUAAUGGAAGGAGAAUGGACCAAGGCUGAGAGUGACCUGAACGAGCUGAAGGCCCGCAUGCGGUGUCCCAGCGCUGUGGUGCGGAUGAGGUUCCUGCUGCUGCAGCAGAAGUACCUGGAGUAUUUGGAGGAUGGGAAGGUGCUGGAGGCCCUGCAGGUGCUGCGGGCGGAACUCACGCCGCUGAAGUACAACACCGACCGCAUCCACGUGCUCAGCGGGUAUCUGAUGUGCAGCCACGCGGAAGACCUGAGGGCAAAGGCCGAGUGGGAGGGGAAGGGGGCUGCUUCUCGCACCAAACUGCUGGACAAAUUGCAGACGUACCUGCCGCCCUCGGUGAUGCUACCCCCCCGCAGGCUGCAUUGUCUCCUGCGCCAAGCUGUGGAGCUGCAGCGGGAUCGCUGUCUCUACCACAACACGCAGCUGGACAGCAGCCUGGACUCGGUGUCGCUGCUUCUGGACCACGUGUGCAGCCGGAGACAGUUCCCCUGCACCACCCAGCAGGUUCUCACAGAGCACUGCAAUGAGGUGUGGUUCUGCAGGUUCUCCAACGACGGUACCAAGCUGGCCACAGGCUCCAAAGACGCCACCGUUAUCAUAUGGCAGGUGGACCCUGACUCCCACCAGCUGAGGGCGCUGCGCACCCUGGAGGGUCAUGCCUACGGAGUCUCCUACCUGGCCUGGAGUCCCGAUGACACCUACCUGGUGGCGUGUGGCCCUGACGACUGCUCCGAGGUCUGGCUUUGGAACGUACAGACGGGAGUGCUGCGGACGAAAAUGAGCCAAUCGCACGAGGACAGCCUCACCAGCGUGGCCUGGAACCCAGACGGGAAGCGUUUCGUUACAGGCGGACAGCGAGGCCAGUUCUACCAGUGUGACCUGGAUGGGAACCUGCUGGACUCGUGGGAGGGUGUGCGGGUCCAGUGUGUGUGGUGUUUGGGCGACGGCCGGACGGUGCUGGCGUCAGACACGCAUCAGCGUAUCCGCGGUUACAACUUCGAGGACUUGACGGACAGGAACAUUGUGCAGGAGGACCAUCCCAUAAUGUCCUUCACGGUUUCUAAAAAUGGAAGAUUAGCUUUGCUGAAUGUGGCAACUCAGGGAGUCCACCUGUGGGACCUGCAAGACCGGACGCUGGUCAGGAAAUACCAAGGUGUGACACAGGGCUUUUACACCAUCCACUCCUGCUUCGGGGGCCUCAAUGAAGACUUCAUCGCCAGCGGAAGCGAAGACCACAAGGUCUACAUAUGGCACAAGCGCAGUGAGCUGCCCAUCGCCGAUCUGAGCGGGCACACACGGACAGUGAACUGCGUGAGCUGGAACCCCGUAUACCCAGGUCUUAUGGCCAGUGCCUCCGACGACGGCACCGUGCGUAUUUGGGGUCCCUCCCCCGAUCCCCAGGACAGCGAGGACCUCAGUGAGGGCUGCCAUAGCAUGGAUAGUUGAUGACUCGAAGACAGAAGACGUCUCUAGAAAAUGAAAUUAGUCAGGGGGGCGGAGUCAGGGAGAUAAACGCAUUUCACACACAAGAGGCCAGCUAUGACCUCUAACGUGUUUGGCACGAUCUCACACAGCGCUCCUCCACACGCCUGACCCCCCCUCCCCCCCCCCACCACCACCACCACCACCACCACCCCCAUCCCACAGCGCCCCCGGCUGGCGAGACCGCCACUGCCAUUUCCUUCGUUCCCUGUUGUGGUCGUUCCACAUGUAGCAUCAAAACUCCACAACAAUAUAGUGAAAAUGUUGGCUUUGGGUGCCACCAAAGGUGGACGGAUAGAGAGAUAUAACACAUCAAAUUUUUUUUCGGUUUAAAACGGGCAAACCAAACAUAAGCGAGUGACUCUCUGACCAAGCUCUCCAUCCCGAGGAAACUGCUGAAUGAGAGGCUGUCUGUGUUUGUGGGGCACAGGGGAGGAGGGGGAGGCGACCGAUCCCCCCCCUGAAUUAUUUAUAUUACCUGUAAAUGACUCACAGAACUAUUUAUACACAAACCCCCUUUUUUUGAGAAUGCCUGCGUCCCUUAGGUGCUGUUCUCACUCACCAGCAGCAAAUUUGUGCUUGUUUUCACACACGUACGUUUUGAGAACAUUUUAAACUUUCGGAUGUUUGGGUUUGUUUUGGAAUCACUUUUAUUAUUGAUUUGAGCUGGGGGCAGGGGGCAGACUCCAAUAUUUCUAAAGUUCAGUGGUUAUGUGUGAAGGACAAAUGAUUUGGGUGGGGGGGUGGGGAGGGGGGUUUAAGGGAUAUUAAGGAGGCCACUGAGCUGAUGCUACCUGAUUGGAGGAGCUCAUUGAGGCUGAAUUGGUGCCAGUACUGUUGUUAAACUGGUGGACAGGCGUAUGUAGUGACAGGAGGGGGUGACCUCAACGAGGGGGUGUCCUCUAGGACAGCAGGAUGAUCUCGUUGGGUCUCUUUCCAGAGGAGAAUGAAGAAAUGUUCUCACUGAACCCAGCAUGAACGUGCCCCCAAGCCAUCCGAUCUAGGGCACUCCGCCUUUUCCCACCGGCAGGUGGGGGCUGCAUUCGUCUCCAACUUCGAAAACCCUGAAGCUUCGGAAAAAUCGGAAGUACUGCACACUCACAAAGAGCGAUUUAAGCAAAGCGCGACAUGCGAAGGAGAGAGUUCUCAGCCGGCUCAGAUACAUGCUGGAGAAGCACUAGUGGAAGGGAUGCACGUGUGUUAGAGCACCUGCCACACGUAGCGGUGAUUGAGUGAUGAUUGUAAGUGGCCACUUUGCACUCACCUUUGCGAGGAGGACAGCAGCUCUCACCAUAUUUCUCACGUGGCCCUUUUGUCACAUGUUCCAGAACAGCUCUCUAUGACCCCCUUCAUAACAAUUUACUCAGUACUGGUUCCCAGCUCAGUCAAUGAGCCUCUUCCACCCUUUGCCAACCAUAUCCAAGCAUGGCACCCCCUUUUGGCUGUUUUCCCCAUAUGCUCACCCCCCUCACUCACCCGGGUAUCUAAUCUUACUCCCGACUUGAUUUCAGUUUUUCUGAGGAUGACUGACAGUGGAUUGACAGGCUGAACUCUUAUUACUUUAGUUGUGUUCAUGUUAUUUCUGUAGGUUGCAGUUUUUCUUGUGAGAUGCUAUUAAUAUAUGCAUUUAGCCUCCGGCUGUGCAUUUUUUACACCCUGCUCCCCCUGUGUGUCCCUAAAAACCUGCACCGCUGACUCGGCCGGGUCAAACACCACGGCAACACGCUUCUCGGCACCCAGGGGACCGCGAUGGCCCCGGUACGGGGUAGUGCAUGCGUGGUCCUACCCGCUGCCCGCCUGGCGUGAGCGAUGGAAGACUCCCCGCUGUUCACGCAUGUCCGUUUCGCUCGUCUCCAUCUUGCCGCAUCUAAUGCGUCUCGGGCGGCACAGGGCGCAGGCAGCCAAUGCGGCGCAUCACUACAGGCUAUGGUCAUUAUUGCAGAAGUGGCUGUAAUGUUAUGUGACGUAGGAGAAACGUGUGUGUGUGUUUUAAAUAAAGCCAGCAGGGACUUACGGUGAA